AUGUCCUCUCCACUUGGCCUUUAUGAAUCUCUCGACGUUAUCGGCACUGGCUCCUUUGGGAUCAUCCGAAAAGUUCGCCGGAGAUCGGAUGGCCUGAUAUUCGCGCGUAAAGAGCUCAACUUCGAGCGCAUGUCAGAGCGCGAUCGCAAACAAAUUGUCGCCGAAGUUAACAUUCUGAAAGACCUUCAUCACGAACACAUUGUACGCUAUCACGAUAGAUAUGUUGACCGCGACGCCGGAAUGUUAUACAUCCUCAUGGAGUACUGCGGAGGAGGGGACCUCUCCGCCAUAAUCAAACUCGCGCAACGACAAGGCCGACCUAUACCCGAAGAUACAGUCUGGAGCUAUUUUAUGCAAAUUCUCCUUGCGCUGAACUACUGUCACCAUCCUAAUGGGUACGGACGCUCAAGCAGCGCUGGGACUUGCGAGUCAGACGGCCGAGAAAAGAGGCCGCAAGUUCUUCACCGAGACAUCAAGCCAGACAAUGUAUUUUUGGACGAGAGCAACACCGCGAAACUCGGAGAUUUUGGUCUGUCAAAGGCCCUCACGCAGGCCAGCUUCGCUAAUACCUACGUUGGCACACCCUAUUAUAUGUCGCCAGAAUUGAUGCAAGAGCGGGCUUAUGACAACAAAUCUGAUAUAUGGUCCCUGGGGUGCUUGAUAUAUGAAUUAUGUGCACUCAAGCCACCAUUUCAUGAGGCGAAAACCCAUACGGAACUCAGUCUCUUAAUCAGGAAUGGGAGAAUCCCACCACUACCCAAGGGCUACAGUCCUGCGUUAACGAAUAUCAUCAAAUCAAUGCUUAAUCUCAACCCUGCGCUGCGCCCAUCGGCGGCCCAGCUGCUCGGUCAUGAGCGACUAGAAUUAGCUUUCAAGGUUUCGGAGACGCAGAAGCUACUCAACACUGUGAAGACGCACAAAGCAGCCCUCCAAACGAGAGAGCGGGAUCUCAUUGCACGCGAAGCUGCAGCGGCGGAACAGGAGGCGUCGCUAAACUCCAAGCUUACCGCAAAAGAUGAGGAGAUUGCGUCACUGCGUACGCUCGUUGCCUCAGCGGAAGGUUUGUUACAGACACGUGUCCGUGAGGCUGUUUCACGCCGAGAUGAGGAACUUCGCGCACUUGUACUGAAACACGAAGAGGAGGUGGCAGCAAGGAUGGCGAGACGCGAGGAAGAGAUCAUGGAAGCCGUCCGCAAGCGCGAAGAGGAAAUCGCGCGAAUGUGGGCGGAGUGGGAAAGUCAGACGCGUGAGGCCAUGGGGAAGGCCGUUGAAGAGCGAAUGGAGUGGGUUCGGGCGCAGGUGGAGGACAUCGAACAAGAGAAGGAAAGAUUGGACGGGCUGAAGGUUGAGUUGGAACGUAAGGCUGUCACAUUAGAGGCAAAUGAGCGGAAGGGUGUAGCGACAGCAAGGACGCCUCUAGAGGAGGUGAAGAACAUCCUCGCCCCAUUAGCUCGCCUUGCUGAGGCGCCGGAUCGCACACCUGUUCGCGCUCCCAUCCAAAGUGCUGACGUUUUCGAGACACCGCGACCCCUUGCCAUGAAAGCUACGCUAGGCAAUGUUGCGCCUCCGUCGGCCAUGAAGGGCGUCAUUCUCACUGCUACCGGUGAGCCGGUGGCCACUCCCACUCCGGCGGAGCUGGCAAAGCUAUUUGUCGACACGCCCAAGAUAGGCCUCAACUUCGCUAGAAUCUUUGACUUUGACUCAGAAGGUGAGGAGGAUGGCUAUGAGACAGAUACGAAACCCUCGUCUUCUCGACGAGCGAGCGCGGGUAGUGAUGCCCGUCCACAACAGCAAGACUGCGAAGAUGAUAAAACUCCGCAACCGUCUCCUGCUACCAAACCGACCCGAUUACGUCGGCCAUCGAUCCGCGCGUCUUCCCAGCGUCCGCAGCUUGAUCCUGUGCCCUCCACAUCAGCGCGAAGCAAAGAGCCCUCGCGUCCUCCAUCCUCUGCGUCAUCGGCAUCGUCGUCGGCAAAGUCGACGAACGCUAUAGUUUCGAAGCCCGCACCCGAGUACGACUUGUCGGACGAAGAAAACCUCCCAAGCCCGUUCUUGAAGAAACAAGAUCGCGAAGCUUUUGCGAGGACGGCAUCUGCGCCAGCUCAGCCAAAACCCACCGCCGGAGCUCGUAACGCACCGAGGAAGAGUGGUUCGACGCUGCGCGCCAUGGCUGUAGUCAAUGCGGCGAAUGCGGCAAACAGUGAGAAGGGCUCGUUAGGCAGCGGUAGAGCCGCUUUACGCACGGCAUCUGUGGUAAAUAUUGGGCCCGGUAGAGCGGCGAACGUCAGGCCAUCAAUUGCAAAAGCACAUAGGGCUAGUGAAGAGGCGCGAAAAGCGUUGUCCAGGACAUGA